CCAUACUGAAAGCUUCAUGACUUCUUGUUAGUGUUGAGAAGAUGAGAGAUUCACAACCAUCCAGAAUAAAGAUUGAAGAUACUGAAGAACAAAAAGAUAUGAUGAUGGAAAUAAACAAGGACAAUCAUCAUCAACUGAAUAAAGCUGAUGAAACGCAUCAUAAUAUUACAACAAUACAGAAUGUUGCACAGAAAGGAACUCGAAGAACAGGAAACAAAAUGUGUGAAAAGAGUUUGAAAAGAGAUGGACUUCCUACGGAUCGCUUGAUGAUUCACAGUGAGGAGAAGCCCACGUGUCAUCGCUGUGGGAAAAGUUUCAGCAGCAAAUCAUACCUCGCAAUGCACAUAAAAAUUCACACUGGAGAGAAACCAUUCGUUUGCCAUCAGUGUGAAAAGACUUUCCUAAAUACAAAACAACUUCAGAUACACAUGAGAACUCACACUGGAGAGAAACCAUUCACAUGUGAUCUGUGUGGAAAGAGUUUUUCAUAUCUAUCCAGCCUUAAGAUGCAUACAAGAGUUCACACCGGAGAGAAACCGUUUACAUGCAGUCAGUGUAACAAGUGUUUCAGAAGUAAACCCAACCUUACAGCACACAUGAAAAUUCACAGAGAUGAGAAACCUUUCGCUUGUCUUCAGUGUGAAAAGUGUUUCAGAGAUGAAAGUCAACUUAAGACACACAUGACCAUUCACACUGGAGAGAAACCAUUUGCAUGUCAUCUGUGUGAAAUGAGUUUUACAACUAAAGGCAAUCUUAAGUCACACACGAUAAUCCACACUGGAGAGAGACCUUUCGUGUGUCAUCUGUGUGGAAAGAGUUUUUCACAACUAACUAACCUUAAGAUUCACGCAAGAGUUCACACCGGAGAGAAACCGUUUACAUGCACUCAGUGUAACAAGUGUUUCAGUAUUAAACCCAACCUUAAAGUACACAUGAAAAUUCACAGAGAUGAGAAACCUUUUGCUUGUCUUCAGUGUGAAAAGUGUUUCAGAAAUAAAAGUCAUCUUAAGACACACAUGAGAACUCACACUGAGAUAAACCAUUCAGAUGCUAUUAAUGAGUUUCAAAAGAAAAUUUCGCCCUAAUGCACGCGUGAGAAUUCACGCUGGAAAGAAACCGUUUCCAUCUGUGGAGUAAUGAUAUACACAUGAGUGGACUUUCUGUUGUAAAGUCUCAAUUGCGAUUUAUACGUUUGCAUAGUAACGUUGUAGGCUAUAUGCUGCAGUUUUCAUUUAAACUUCUGCGUCAUUGUUCGCCUCGAUGUGCAUUACAUGUUCAGAUCGCAACUGUUGAUCUAAAAAUGAACUCAUGAAUCAACCCUAGUAAAAAAAUAGUUUUAAUUUUGAUACACUUCAGUAUACUUGCAGUAACACUAAUGACCAUUUAAAGUGUGCUAUUGAUUAGUUUACUUUAUUAGAGUGCUAUUUUGGAACAGCUAAUUUU